AGCAUCUUUAGCUGUUCUUUUACACUCACAAUAAGAAAAAAAAACUACACUUCAACACUUUUAACAGUACAUCCGCACGCACCACCGCGACGUUGAUCGGCAGCCUUCUCUCUCUCUCCCUUUCUGUUUUCAUCACCAACCACUACUUGUGAACGUGGCCAAAUACAGAAGUACUAUACGAAAUAGCAACCACACAGCGUCCAUCUCCCCACCCCCCACCCCACCCUCUCUCCGUUAACCAUGCCUAUUCGUCGCUACGGUGGCCGCUACAACAACUCCUCCGCCGGCGUCGCCGGUGCGCUCAAGGAGGAGGCGAACGCCCCGCCGUCCGACGUGGCGUCGUCGCAGCGCGGCUCCCUUUACCGCGAUCCCCUCGCGGAGGGACAGGGCAACGGCGCGUCUCAGCAGCAGCACUACGACCAAAACGGGACGGACUCCCGUGAGCAGAGUAUGGAGGUGGAGGUGGAGGUGCAGGUGGUGGAUGAAGGCAAGGGGCGCCGCUCCGCCGCGUCGAUGUCGCCGCCGAGUUCCGGCAAGGCGCCGUGCGGCUACACCUUCCCGACAAAUGACCGCCAGAAGGAGAUCUACGACGCCUUGAAAGACAUGCGUCCGCUGCCGGAGCUGCAGGAGCCGCGCCAGGUGAAGGAGUACACGGAGGCCUCCAUCGAGGACUCGCUCUACCAGAUUAUCGAAAACAACGAUGUUAUCAUGGUGGCUGGGGCCUUCUUUGGGGACGAAGGGAAGGGCAAGACGGUCGACGCUGUCGCCCACCACCCCCUCUGCACCUGCAUUGCCCGCGUGAACAGCGGCGAGAACGCCGGGCACACCGUCUUCGACAAACGCGGGCGCAAGUUUGUGUUCAACCUGGCUCCGUCGGGGCUGCUGUCAGCGGACAAGCGCAACUUCGUUGGGCCGGAGUGUGUGAUGGACCCGAUCAGCUUUCUGGAGAAGGAGGUUCGGCAGCUGGUGGACGCCGGCAUCGACUACCACGACCGCCUCUUCAUCGGCAACGUGUGCAUUGUCACGCCAUACCACAAGCUGCUCGAUCUGCUUGGGUCGGCUCCGAACUCCUCGACGCUGAAGGGCAUGGCCCCCGCACACGGCAGCAAAGUCAUGAAGCGCGGCAUCCGUCUCGACCACAUCUUCAACGACGAAAAGAUUCUGCGUCAGCGCCUGGCCCAGGACAUGGACACCUACCUCGGUCUGCUGCGGGUGAACAACCUCACAGACGAGGACGUCGUGCGGCGCUGCCAGAAGGAAAACGGCGACGGCGUGACGCGCGUGCCAGACUACGUCAUUGACUUCGCAGCGGCGGAGGACAAGAUUGGAUUCCUCGCGCAGCUCUACCGCGAGCGCGUGCGGGAGAACCCCGACUUCCCGCCUCGCUGCGAUGUCAUUCACGAGCUGCGCAGCGCCGUCUUGCGCGGGGAGAAGGUGCUGCUGGAGGGCCCACAGUCCUACUGGCUCAGCAACGCCCGCACGAAGUUCUGGGAGAGCACGACGUCGGCCGACACCACCGCGGCGGGUCUGCUCGCUGCCUCGCAACUCAACUUCCAGCAGUUCCGCUCCGUCGUGCUGAACGUGCACAAGGCGCCGGGCUCCAGCCGCGUUGGCAUCGGCGCCUGCCCCAGCAGCUUCGUCCCGCAGGACUACUUCAGCGCACAGAACAUCAAGACGUUGCGUGACCUGCCCCCCUCCGCCUGCGUCAACUUCGAAGCAAUCCAGCACCAGCUCUUCACCAAGGGCUUCCCAUUUGCGGCGGACAAGACCCGCCACAACGGUAUUCUGCGCCCAGUGGAGUACUCGGAUGAGACGGGCGAUUACAGCAUCGGCGUGGCCAUGGCCAUCACCUCCGCGCGGCACCACGGCGAGUGCGGCGCCGUCACGAAGAAACCGCGCGUGUGCGGCUUCUUCGACUGCGUCCUGCAACACGAGGUGAACAGCGUGCAGGGCCCCUACCUCACCAUCUCCGCCCUGGACCGUGGCGACGAGUACGACAAGAUCGGCGUGACCAUCGCCUACGUCUACUACAGCCCGGAGGGGAAGAAGGUGGACGUGAACGGCUACGUGUACAGGAACGGCGACAUCAUCCGCGCCGGUGACCCGGUCCCGAGCGAGGCCGCCCUCUACCACUGCCACCCGAUUGUGAAGCUGAUCGAUGGCUGGCGCGACAGCCCGAUCGCCGCAGCGAAGCGACGUCGCGGCGCCCCGCUGCCGCACAGUGUGUGCGAGUUCCUCUCAACGAUUGAGUACUUCACGGGGUGCAAGGUGCUCUCGAUCGGCAACGGGCCCAGCGGGGACGACAUCAUCUACCUGCGUCAGUAA